UGCAGAUAGAAUCUCUGCGGCUCUCUCCACCAUCCAUCCACUUCUUUUCAGAGCAUUUGCAGCUCAGACCGACUUUGAAUCUUUGUGAUCUCCUUGCUUUUACAGUUUUAUAGCUCUCCUAAAUCUUCAAGAAACAACUGGAAAAUGCUGCCUGCAACUUUUAAACUUUGUGCUGGCAUCUCCUAUCGGCACAUGAGGAACAUGACAGGUUUGAGAAGAAAUGCCAUGGUGGCCAUUCAUCAUGAGCUGAACAGACUGGCAGGUCCAGGCCCCUGUAACUGGAUCAGCCAAAUCCGCCGAAGAAGCUCCCUCCUCAGUUCCCGGAUUGAAGAGGAGAGGUACAGUGAACAGGAGAUGUCCUAUGUGAAGCAAGGCGAGGACGCACUGCAGAAGGCCAUCAGCAUCCUCGGCGAGCAGGACGGCUGGACUGUCGAAACUGUGGCUAAAAAUGGAGACAAAGUCCUGAGUAAAGUGUUGCCUGAUGUUGGGAAGGUGUUCAAGCUGGAAGUGAUGCUGGAGCAACCUUCUGACAACCUUUACGAAGAGCUGGUGGGAAAUAUGGAGCAAAUGGGGGAGUGGAACCCAACGGUCAAGCAAGUCAAGAUUCUUCAAAAGAUCGGCCAGGACACAAUGAUCACCCACGAGGUAGCUGCAGAGACACCCGGAAACGUGGUGGGACCGAGAGACUUUGUGAGUGUCCGCUGCACCAAACGCCGAGGCUCCACCUGCUUCCUGGCUGGAAUGUCCACUCAGCACCCACAAAUGCCGGCGCAGAGAGGGAUAGUCAGAGCGGAGAAUGGACCCACCUGCAUAGUUAUGAAGCCCUGUGCUGAAGACCCAAAUAAGACCAAGUUCACCUGGUUACUAAGUAUAGAUCUAAAGGGCUGGAUCCCAAAGACAAUCAUAAACAAAAUGCUCUCUCAGACGCAGGUGGACUUUGCCAACCACCUCAGGCAAAGGAUGGCUAAUAAUGUUUCCAUGGAGUUGGCUCACGCCUGCUGACACAAGACGCCUCUUGAGCUUUGGCACGGUGCGCUCAGCAGUGGCAACAGUGGCUGCUCAUCGGAAAAAUCAUGUGAAUCUGCUUAUAAAUAAUGAACAGCUAAGAAAAUCCAGACAGUGUUGAGGAAAUUGGAUGAAGAUUGUGCUUUUUUGAGAUCUUUCAAAAAAUCUGAAGCUAAAUAUGUGUUUUUCUUGCCCCCAGGAGUAGAAAAUCUAUAAUGAGAUUUAACAUCAUUGACUGGAAACUGACACAUCGUGUUUCUGACCAGGGCCGGGAUAAGAAAUUUUGUGGCCUAAGGCUCCUGUUUGGUCCUGUUAGAACAAGUAAAAAACAACUUCAUGAUGCUUCUUAGAUAACAAAAUGAAAACUUAAGGCUGCUCAAGUCCCUCAAUCACAAAAAGAAAGUGGAUUGUUAAAAAAGAGCAAAGGAAACCCACAAAAAAGUGAAUGUACGUGUUCACCCAGCAGCAUGCAGCAUGCAUCUGCAUUGGACAGCCAGUAGAUUUAAUAUAAACACACAACUAAAACAACUGAACUCAAAAGACUCUUAAACAUUACAGAGGCAGAACUGUGCAUUCUGAAAAUGUCAGUACUGUUGCAAAAUAUCUUAAAUGCAUUCUAUAUCAGAUUGAAAUCAAUUUUUUUUAUCAAGGCAAGUUUGAGGGAGUAGCGUUCACACGUUGCUACCUAAUUCAGUCCUGUUUUCAUUAGUUUUACUCUUGUUUUACCGUCUAUUGCAAUUUUCUCUCAUCUUUGGCUACCUUUAGCAACUGGUUUGUACAUUUUUGCACCCUAGUUUCACAUUUAUAAGAUGCAGGCUUUAUUAUGGCAUCACACAGACAAAAUUGCAGGAACAGCUGAAGCAGGCCUACAAGAUUUUUCACAAAUUCAAGUUAUUUUUUGUUGUUUUAUUCUGAUUACAAUAAUGACCCCAUAGCAGAAACCUUUAAAAAGAAAAACAUUAACUUUACAGGCCCCACUGAGCGCCCAAGCUGGUAAUCCUGUGCUGCAGUCUUUAUAUUCCUCCACAUUUAAGACGCCUGGUUUGCGGCACAUUAAUCCACAUCAGUCGGCUCCACUUUGGCAGAAACACUGAGUGAAGCAACAAAUUGUACGAUGUUUCAUUUUGAUAACACUCCAGUUAUUGUCCCUGUCCCUGCUGUGAAAUUGCACUUUUAUUUCACUGUUUUAUUUAUUGAUAUUGCGCAGAUGCAUGGCAUUACAGUGACUGCCAAGUGAAUAAAUCACUGCGGUGUGAUUGAUAUUUAUGUUUUCAUGUUUUUAUUAUGCUGUUGGAGAAGUAGACAAGCAGUCUGGAGAAUGAUUAGUAUGUUCUUUGUUGGUGCAUGAGAGCUUAAAUAAAAUCCUCAUAAACA